GCUGUACGCCAUCAUAUUCGUGUGCGCCAUUGUGGGAAACUCGCUGGUCAUCAUCACCCUCGUGCAGCGUCGGCGCAUGAGGACCGUGACCAACGUGUUCUUGCUCAACCUGGCAGUCAGUGACUUGUUGCUGGGAGUAUUCUGCAUGCCCACCACGCUGGUCGGCAGCAUCCUCAGGAAUUUUGUGCUUGGGGCAGCCAUGUGCAAGCUCAUACCUUACCUCCAAGCCGUGUCAGUGUCUGUGUCCGCUUGGACGCUGGUGUCCAUCUCGCUCGAGAGGUUCUUCGCCAUCGUUCGGCCCCUGGAGUCUCGCCGGUGGCAGACGCGGUCACACGCCUACAAAGGUCAUUCUGCUGGUCUGGCUCUGUUCCAUGGUCACCAUGCUGCCCAUCGCCGUCCUGUCGCAGUUGGUGCCCCUACGCGGAGAUGAGGAAUUGAUGUCGAUGGCCGUAGUGCACGAGGAGUACCACACCAAUCCCAACAUGCCGCAGCUGUUCUCGCCCCCCGACGUGGAAGCCAGGCUCCAAAGAACACCGAGGAGACAGUUUAUCUUCCGAGGGACCUACCGCAAGAGCCGGGCCUCGAAGCGGCGUGUGAUCCGGAUGCUGUCGGUGUUGGUGCUGGAGUUCUUCGUGUGCUGGACGCCGCUGUACGUGCUGCACACAUGGACCGUGUUCGAUGCUCACGCCGCUUACAGCCGCGUGCCGGCCGGCGCCUUCGCUGCCGUCCACCUGCUGGCCUACGUGUCCUCGUGCUGCAACCCCAUCACGUACUGCUUCAUGCACGACAAGUACCGACAGGCGUUCCGCAACGUCCUCGCCUGCUCGAGUGCCUCGGGCCGCAGGCGCCGGCGGUGGUCCUCGACCAAGAGCCACGACCGCUUCGUCUCCCUCAACAGCAUCUGCAGCAACGGCAAGAAUGCCAGCGGCAAAGGAUCUUUACGGAGUACACUCGCAAGCCGCCUGUCCAGUCUGAAGGAAGAGAAACCGACCGACGAUGUCAAUGAAGUCGCUGACCAAAAGAACGCAGCUGUGUGCAAGCCACCGGCGACUUCCCUGGCUGACGGCGAGUCCUCGUCAUCCUGCAAUGUGUCCACGUAUUGCGGCAGGCGCACGGGGAACGCCAGCGACACCGAGUCCUGAGUGACCCGUGCCGGACGGCGUCGCUUCCGCCCGGAAAUAGUUCGUGCAACGGCGGACGUAUCAAGAUCCGCGCAUCAAGGUCUUUGCCACAAUGGAAAGAGGUCGCCGUCGAAAGAUCACCAGCUACACAAAACUGUGGCGCGGAGAUGGACACACUGCGCUGGCAUACCGACACCGGUGCUCUCUCUUCCUCAGUCUUCUCUGUCGUGGCCGUAAUCGUGUGAUAUUCGCGACACUCGAAAGGACAUGGCGUGCACGCACCUCUGCUUUUUUCCUGGUCAAUUCUAAAUGUGUCAUAUCUCACAAGUGUGUCGUCAAACGAAGUGCCCAAGUCAUCCUUCAUCACCUACUGUUGUUCUAAUCCUUUACUUCAUGUCAAGCAUUUGUGCAUCCCGCCCACCCGGCUGUCAUCUGUAUAAAUAAAACCUUUAUCCAAUUGUCGU